AUGUAUUACAUCGUCUAUUUUCUAUUUGUAAUCAUUUCAUUAACAAAUGCUCAAUCAUCAUUAACAUCAAAUUCACUUUGUGCUCAAUAUUAUCCAUAUGAUGUACAACAACAACAUUGUGAAUGUGAUGAUGUAUCAGGAAAAGGAAUAUCAUUAAAAUGUAUUGGUCAUUCAUAUGUUCCACAUUUCUUACCAAAUAUUCAUUAUAAUGUAAUUGAAUUAGAAUCAUGUUCACAAGAUUUACAUAUUGGAGAUAAAACAUUUGCUGAUUUAAAUAUAAAUACAUUACGUUUACGUCAUUGUAAUUUAGUUGGUUUAAAUGAAGAAUCAUUUUCGAAAAUAAAUCAUUUAGAAAAAUUUAGUAUUGAAAAUGCAACAAUUAAUUCUUUAGUAACAUCAAGUGGAAAUUUUCAAGAUAUUUUCAAUUCAGAUUCAUUUAGAACAUUAAAAUUAUUAACAUUAAAAAAAGUUCAUUAUCAUCAAACACAUAAACAUGAUAAAAAAUUAAAUCUAGAAUUAUUAUUAAAUCAAUUAAAACAAUUAAAUCGUUUAGAAUUAAUUAAUAUUUAUAUUGAUAAUUAUCGUUAUUCAAAUUUAACAUCUAUUGGUCAAAAUUUAACAUAUUUAAAAUUAAUAAGUACACAUCAAACAAGUUUAUUACCAAUUGAACAUUUAAAAUCACUUGAACGUCUUCUUUUACUUUAUUUACCACAAAUAUUUCAUUCACAACCAUUAAUAUCAUCAAUUAAAAUGUUAAAACAUUUAAAAUAUAUUGAUUUUGGUCAUAAUAGAUUAACACAUAUAAAUGAUUUACAAUCAAAUACAAUUGAUCAAAUUGAUUUAACAUCAAAUUUAAUUGAAUAUAUUAAUGAAUAUACAUUUGAACAUUUACCUAAACUUCGUACAUUAACAUUAACUGGUAAUCCAUUACAAUAUAUUGAUAAAAAUGCUUUUUGUAAUAUUGAAAAUUUUGAAAAUUUAUAUAUCAAUACUCAUAAAUUAAAUAACGUAUCACCAUUAGAUAAUUGUAUAUUAUUAAGUCAUCCAAAUUUAGCUAUAGCACAAGAUAGUCAAACAAAAUUUCAAUGUGAUUGUCAAUUAAUGAAUAUAUAUCUAUUACAAAAAAGACAAACAAAAGAAAUUAAUCGUUUAUUUAAAUCAAGUCAUGCUUGUAUUGUAACAAAUAAUACAUUAUUACAAUCACUUUAUUAUGAACAAUUAGUAAAUCAUUUAAAUUCACCAAUACAUAUACAUGAAUUAGAAAAUUACUUAAAUUGUUCGUUGGAUGAUAAAUGUGAUCGUUUAUGUCAAGAAAGAAAAAUAACAACAACAUUAGCACCUAUACAAACACAUAAAACAAACGUUAUGAUACCGAAAACAAAUACAUCUUUAUCAACAUCUUUAUAUUCAUUUUUUUCAUACAUACUUUUUUUGUUGUUAUUAGCUUUUUUGUAUUUGUAA